AUGGGUCAAGCGGCUAGCAACGAAGAAGACUCAGCUUCGAGGAAGCUGUUAGUGCUUGAACUGUUUACGAAAGAGCAAAUCAAUAAAUACUUUCAAUUGCGCUGUGUUCAUUUGCUCACGAGAGAAGAGCUUUCCUCUCUAGCAUCGAGGCUCAAUGUGACCUCAGCCAAUGAUCCCGAGACGGCUAUUUCAUACUCAGAUGUUGCUUACGUCCUUCAAUUGUCCAACAAGAAGGACCAAGACAUCCUGGAUGUUCACCAUGGCUUCGUGAAAGCAGUGAAGCUCCUCACAAAUACUCUACUGGUCCUUGCGAGGUUGCCAUUUCUACAAGACUUCACAGACAAGGAGCAAUUGACUCUACGAGGUUUGAUAAUAUCAAUACGGCGUAUGCUAGGACACAAGUACAAUUACUUGAAGCUUUUGUUCAUUGCCUUCGCAGCCGCUUCAGGCUUAGACCAAAGGCCAAACUCCGAAAAGUCCGACGGAGACCCAGAGAAAGCCAUUUCCCUCAAUGGUGACGACCAAUUUGUCGUCGAGGCUGUAAGGCUUCCUAAUGGCCGUGAAGAUGACGAGCAUGACGACUUUGAAACAGCCAGGAGGAUCAAGUGGGACACCUUCGCCAACAUCAAGAACUAUGAUGAUAUUAAGGUCGACGAGCUUUCGAUAAAUGGAGAAGACCUAGUAAAGAUACUCACUCUCUUGCUUGUGGUAAGCUCAGUUCCGAAGAAGUCUCACGAAGAGAUGCAAGCCGAGCUCCAUAAGUCACUAGAAGAAAAAUGGCUGGAGUUUGAGGUAGCAUCGCAUGCACUAGUCAGAUUUUUUGACUUCACAAUCGAUAGACAAAACCUCAAGAGUUCUUCCAUAUCCUAUAAGCAGUUCCAUACUGGGUGUGAGAGGGGCCUAGCUCGCUUUAUCAUCGACGCGCUAGCCAAGCUCGUCGAGAGGAGCAUCUUCUCUUCCAUUCAAUCAGAGGGAAGAGUAUCGCAAGAGCAGGAGUUACACGAAGCGAGCACCUCACCCAACUCAUCUCCGAAGAAGCCGAAGAGGAAGCAAAAGUUUGAACAAACUAGAUUGGUGAACGAGGCAUCACUCUCUCUUAUAACAUUGGCUCUUCGAAGCGCAGGUAAAAACAUUUCUGUCGGAACGUCAAACAUCGUGAACCUUUACAAUGGCUCCCAAAGCGGGUUUUCCAUUAGAUCUUUGGAGCUGAAGAUCUUUAAAUGGCAUGCGCCCACCAUUCUUUUAGUCUCAGGCAAACGACUCAAGUCAAAGACGAUAAAUACCAACAGAAGAUACCAGGAGUUUGAUCAGGAGUAUCCAAGAUACUUCCUCGCCAAUGAAAACCCACUUAGGCUGUGGCAGGGUGAACUGGACAGGAUUACAUACGCCGUCUUCUUAAAUUCACCAUGGAAGUCAUCCAAUAAGAAGAACUUUGGAGACGAGGAAACGGUAAUCGUCAGCUUACUGCCACGAUUUGACUAUUUCAAGUCUAGACUAGACCCUGUAUUACAAGGCCAGCUGGUAUACUUUAGCAAUUUGGGUAUGGGACUUGGCUUUGGAAAUGAUCAGCCAGUCAACAAGAACACGAUCCGCAAGUAUUUGCCUGGCAAUGUCUCGCUCACAAUCGAGGCGAAUCUUGAAUUUGCGGUUUUCAGACACAUCCGUAGUUCUGGACCCAACUCGGCAAACUACUUUGAAAAGUCAGCGCAACAAGAAUUAGUGGACGAUGAUUACGAAGACAGGUUUAUGAUUACAGACUUGGAGGUCUGGGGCAUCGGUUCUAACAAGGAGUUAGAGGAACAAAGGAAGUUAUGGGAAUGGGAAGAAAAGCAAGCGAAGGCUAGGCAGAGCGUUAAUGUGCGAGACAUGGGAGAAGAGCGUGCUUUCCUCGAAAUGGCGGGUUUGAUUGGAAACUAUGGACAAUAG